GCCCUACGACCAUACAAACAACAAGCUGUUUUAAAGCAAAGCUUCUCAACCAGUGAUAUGAAAUUGCUCUCUGCUACUCCAUUUUUGCCCAUAAUCUUUCCCAUCUUCAGGUAAUUUCCACAGAGAUCUACUAGAUUAUUUUAAUUUUCACCUUUCUUGCUCAAUGCUUGCCAAUUUGACUUUGGUGCACUAGCCACCUAUCCAUCUGUCUUCAGACCUAACCUUUGACUUAAUAUUUAGUGCAUGUACAUGCUAUUUAAUAUUGGCAGAGGAAUUUCCCUCAAGGGCACCUUACCAGAAAGGAUUUACUUUAAAAGCCCAUUAUGGGCUGCUGAAUUGAAAGAAGUAUUCAUGCAUAAAGUGCACAAUGAUUACAUAUAGCUCAUGGAUCAGAGCAUCAUCCUGUUACCAGAAGCUGGACUUUGGUUUCCUUCUUUCCCUGUUUGUUCAGAGAAGCAUUAUUUGAGAGAAAGGCAGAAUAUUGUUUUCUUUUCUCUUCUUUUUUUAAAUAAGAUUAAGUACUAUAUAGAAGUAUUAAUCAGAAAGGACAGAAGCAAUGAGCAAUAUUGAUAUCUGGAUUCUUAAGAGGCAAAACUGUACCAAAAACAACUUUUAAAAGCUAAUUCUGGCAACCUGCCUUGAUAGCAGUUGAUAUUUUUUAACAUUACUUUUUUUCUUGAACUUCAGAGCAAGUGGAAUUCUACAAACUGCCUAUAGAGCUCACUGGAGACAGAAAGAAGAAGAGGUAGUGAAGAGCAAAGAUCAAGGAAGAAUUAUCAAGGAGUUUUCCCUGUGGGUUGUGCAGGGCACACUAUGGACUUUAUUUCCAUUUUUUCAGAGAAGAAACUUCCAACUGCCUUUAUAUGAUGUAUAUAAAUUAUGUUUUAGUAUUUUCCUGCACAUUUGCACUGAUCUUGGCCAUUGGAUUUUGUGCCAAUGCAUUGGUUUUCUCACUCUUUGCUACACACCGUUCAAUGCAGAAAAGCCAGUUGGACAUUCUUCUCCUGAGCAUGGCUGUUGCAGAUCUGCUUACCCUUAUACUGAUGCCCUUCAUUCUUGCUUCUGUUGUCUGGUACACUUGGUUUUUGGGAGACACAUUCUGCAAGGUUUUCCAGUUUGGUCUGGCUUUCUCCCUAGCUGCUAGCAUAUAUUCUUUGUGUGCUGUCUCUGUCACUAGAGCUAGAAUCAUCUUGAGUCCUUACAGAGCUCCCAGGCAGACUACCACAACAUUUAUGCUGACUACGGUUUGGGCAUUGAGCGUUAUCAUCAGUCUGCCAUUGCGAAUCCAUGCCACAGCGGAAACAAGAGUUGAAACAAAUGUUACAUUUUGCCUGCCAGCUCCCCACCAGCAGCACUACUGGACUGUUCUUAGCCAGUUUAUUUUAUAUUAUUUGAUCCCAAUCUUGAUAAUUGCAUUUAACUAUAUCCGGCUUGCUCUCUUCUUGCACAAAAGUCCCAUGAUGUCUUUGGUGAGUUCCAGAAACACCCGAAGAGCCUCAAUAAUGAUCUUUUGUGCAGCUGCUACCUUCUCAGCAUGCUGGCUUCCACUGUAUAUCCUGGAGUUAUGCAUCUACUUAAGACUCUUCCAUCAUGGCUAUGUUUGGGACACUUUCUAUUUCGUCUGUAAUAUACUUCAGUAUCUUCACCCAUGCGUCAAUCCUGUGCUGUAUGUCUUAUUGUCCAAGCGAUACAAGACAAGUAAAACUAAAAGGAUGCUAUGUUUCCAAAAAAAUAAAGUACAGCCUCAGGUCCACAGCUUAACAGAACCCUCGUGAACCACUUGUGUGUCCCAAUCAGUAGGAAAAAGUUCAGUAUUUUUGGUGAGUUGCUGAAUGUUUAUUUAAUUCAAACUCCAGCCAAAUCAUAACAAUACUUUCUGUCCUUUCUUAGUUUAUUCUGUUGAAUAUGCUAUUGGUGUUUUUUUACUCCUAGAUUGAAUGCCAGAUUUUGCCCCAAACCUUUGCAACAACAAAAGUGUAGUGGUAGCAGUGGAGUGGUACUUAGUGCAGAAUUUAAUCCAGUCAUUCAUUUAAAGAACUCCCUGAAGUGGAUUUUUUUUUAUUUUGAAUUUGGAAUUGUGACAAACUGAUUUAAGUGAUAUGAAGAACAUGACUUGUCCUUAUCCUGGCUAAAUAGUAGCGAUCACAUUCUGCUCUGCAAUUCACAAAUUAUUUUAAAAUAGGAUAGAGUGUUGUAGGGAGUUGGAGAAAUCCUUUUAACUGUUUAAAGGUGUACAGUGGAAAUCAAAGUAAAUCUUUUGUAUUCUACAUCUGUCUCAAAUCUUAUAUCCUGUCCAUCACUGCAGUAUCCUAGCACUUUCUAAGUAUACUUAUGUGACUGCGUGAGCACAGAUCAAAUUUAUUAAAAACCUGGGAGGAGAAUGGGAUAAUUUCCUUUUUCUAAAAGUUUAACAUAGAUACAUAACUUUACUCUUUUUCUAUUUUUGUAGUACCAAAAAUUGUGACUCAUUGGUCUAAAUGGUGGUAUUCCUCUCUCCUCUUCAAACUAUGAAAGGUUUUAUCUUAGUCUGUGAUAUUUUAAAAACUUAAUUAAAAAAAAUUACAACCUCCCACCCCAGCCCUUUCAAUGCCUGAAAGACCCUUGUGCUCAUUUUCAAAUCUCUGAAGUAGGAAAAGGUUGCUUUCAGGCAGUACACAUUAAACUUCUUUCUUAAAAAAACCCCUCUUAUGACAGAGUUUCAAUUCUGGGAUAGCUUGAUUAUUGAAAAGAACUGCUAAUGUUUAUUAUUUCAUGUUUGCUUUUUUGGCAUAAACAGGCUGUGUGAAUUUGAUUAACAUUAAAGAGUCUUCACCAACAUGCAAGUGAACGACUGUGGAGAGCCAGACAUGCCAGAGCCCACGGCUCUGCCCCUGCUCCCUUGGGAUUGCUUUGAAGCAUAUGGCAUCAGAUGCAAGAGGUGUUGGGGGCAAAGGCAGGAGUGAGAAUAAACUUAGUGGAGCUGUGGGUAACAUUUGUGUGUUGUUAUUUCGUCUUAUGAAUUGCUUUUAUCACAGGACUGCAAUGGCCUCUUGAUAAAGACACAGGAAAGUGCAGCAUAUUCUUUUCAGUAGUCUCUAAUCUCACUGCAGUAUUUUGACUAGGGGAAAGAACAGAGUUGGUCCCUGCUUGUUGACAAAGACUGACCUUCUCUGAAGUCCCUCAGAAGAUUGUACAAUCCAUAAAAAACUAAACAGAAAAAAUAAGAUGCAUUUUAUUUGAUACUGUUGUGUUACAGAGCAAAUCAGAAUUCUUACUUUAAAAUAAAUAAAAAAAAUGGGGAGCGAGGAGCAAGAUCCACUGGUUUCUCCAGGGUAUAGACAAAACAUGGGUAGCACCAAUUUGGCAAUCUUCACACACACCACGGUGGUAAUGCGUCACAGUGAAGAGAUAGAGAUACCAGACUCUAACAUCCUGUACAAUUCUAUUGACAUAAAUGGAAACUGCUUGGAUAUGUGUCCAUACAAAUUUGACCAGCCUUCCCUAUGUGGGAAAGGAUAUUUAUCUAUAUUACUGAAUAGUCUAGAUCAUAGUUUCUCAACCUGUGGUAUGCAAUACCCCUGGGGGUACGCAAAACACAGGCAGGGGGUACACGGGUACCCCAACACUCUCUCACCCUCUUUUCCUCUUUCUCGCCCCUUCCUCCUCUCAAAACUAUGGGAAAAAAUUUGGUGCACCACGCAUUGUGCAGCACUUUAAAAUCCCCAGUAAUAAUUUGGCAUGCCAUGCUUUGCAUGGCACUGGGUUCAGCCCUCCUAGCUUUG